UCUCAUAGUAUAUAAGGAAAAAUUUUAUUGGUUCUGUUUUAAAAUUAUUUUUAGUGAGAAUUCUUUGAAAUUUCUAUCGAAUUUCCAUUUGACGGGAAAAGUUACGCGACAAAAAAGGUGGACAAUCCUUCCGCGUACGGAACAUAUUUGCUGAAAAAAAUCGAUAAAAGUGAAAAUGAUGGAAAUUUGUAAAAAUCUUCUUUUGGAGUUUUAGUUUUGGGUUUUCUCGUAUUUCGUAUCGAUCUAAAUGAUACGAAAUUCUUUAAAAAAUAAUAAUUAAAUAUCACGCAGACAAAAAGUCUUCCAAUAAUAAUUAAGAAAAAUUAUUAAUUAAGGUUAAGUAAAAUUUAAGAUUCCAAGAAAUCACAAAAGUCUUCCAAAAAUAAGAAAAAAAAAUCAAUAGAGAUUAAAUCAAAAAACCCGUAAAAAUGGCAUUUCUCGACAACUUGAAGCAACUGCCCGUGAAAAAUGUGCUAAAUGUUGCGAUGCAAACGGCGGUUCAGCAUUUGCCGCACAAAUCGAGACAGAGCGAGUACCAACAGCCCGGCGGAAGUGGCGCACCAAACGUUCCGCCAAGGCCGCAGCAAAGUGACGGAUUCGCAGAGCAACAACAAGAUUAUGGAAGUCUUGGCAAUGGCGGUUUCGCAUCCGAAGGAUAUCAAGGGACGGAACCGUGCGAGAUGAAUCCCCUGAAUCCCUUUACGAAUCCAGCGGCAUUCCAUGAGCAGGAUGGCGUCGAACACCAAACGCAAUACCAAACGACGUCAUUCGUGGAAAAACAAGGAAGUAUCGAUUCAGUUGAUUCGGAUUCCUUUGCUGGCGGAGGCGAAGGCGGGGCACCGGGCAUCAAAAUUACCGAAAUUCAGGCAGCGUGGAAUGUUACGAAUGCUAUUCAAGGAAUGUUUAUCGUCAAUUUACCGUUCGCCGUGUUACGUGGCGGCUAUUGGGCUAUCAUUGCCAUGGUUGGAAUCGCUUACAUUUGUUGUUAUACGGGAAAGAUUCUCGUUGAAUGCCUCUACGAACCUGAUCCACAAACCGGACAACCAGUAAGAGUUCGCGAAAGUUACGUGGCAAUCGCAAAAGUUUGUUUCGGCAAACGAGUUGGUGCUCGAAUGGUAUUUACCGCGCAAAUUAUCGAACUUCUCAUGACUUGCAUCUUGUAUGUCGUCGUUUGCGGUGACUUGAUGUCAGGUACCUUUUCCGAAGGUGCUCUCGAUUCGCGUUCAUGGAUGUUGCUAUGCGGCGCCCUACUCAUGCCCCUCGCAUUCUUAAAGUCAAUUCAAACGGUCUCGGCACUUUCCUUCUGGUGCACCAUGUCUCACUUGGUAGUCAAUGCCGUAUUACUCGCCUACUGCUUACUCGAAAUUGGCGACUGGGGAUGGUCCAAAGUGAAAAUUGGCGUGGAUUUGAAGAAUUUUCCCAUCUCGUUGGGCGUCAUUGUCUUCUCGUACACCUCACAAAUUUUCCUACCCACCUUGGAGGGCAACAUGGAAGACCGAUCCAAGUUCAACUGGAUGCUUGAUUGGUCUCACAUUGCAGCGGCGGUCUUCAAAGCUGUCUUUGGCUACGUUUGCUUCCUCACUUUCCAAUCGGAUACGCAGCAGGUCAUCUCGAAUAAUCUCCAUUCGACCGGUUUUAAGGCCAUUGUCAAUCUUUUCCUCGUCAUUAAGGCGAUUUUGAGUUACCCCUUGCCGUACUUUGCUGCUCUCGAGCUGCUCGAACGUCAAUUAUUCCGCGGCAAACCGAAAACUCCGUUCCCGUCGAUUUGGGAACUCGAUGGCGAAUUGAAAGUUUGGGGUCUCGCAUGGCGCGUCGGAUUGAUCACGGGAACGAUUCUCAUGGCGAUCUUCAUUCCGCACUUUGCCAUUCUCAUGGGAUUCAUUGGCAGCUUCACCGGUACCAUGUUAAGCUUCAUUUGGCCUUGCUACUUCCACCUGAAACUCAAGGGACAUCUUCUUGACCAAAAAACCAUCGCCUACGAUUAUUUCAUUAUUUUCCUUGGAUUGCUGUUUGGCGUUGUGGGCAUCUAUGAUUCGGGAUCCGCGAUGAUUAGUGCUUUCGAAAUUGGAUUACCGUUUUAAAUUGCGACUUUUAUCCCCGUAUUGGUUUCCUUGUAAGAUAACCUUGAAUAAUGCUUGAAAAUAAUUAUUAUUAAAAAAAAUCACUGGACUUUAAGAAUGCGAUGGUAAAUUGUUACAUUUGAGAAAAAGAGUAGAAUUUAUAACAUAUCGAUAGAAUAUACAAUGAGGGGCAUUUGUGGAUGCUGCCGACAGAUGAGACACGAUUGACAUUCCUUUUAGGUUAAUGAUUUAACGGGUUAUUAGCUACAAAAUAUCGUUAGCUUAAGCUUUUUAUGAUUGCACAUCGACGGCAAUCUAACUUAUAU